GAAGCAUAAGUGUACCAGCUACACCAACAUUGCACGGCAGUCUUUGUGAUGCAUUCGUAGUAGCGCCGCAUAAGAUCAUGUUCCAGUAGUGCAUUACUUUGUAGUGGUGUAUCGCGUCUCUUCUUCGUACACACCGUUUCGCUGGCUGUUGGAGGCAUCGAGCAUUGUAAAAAAAGGUAACAGUGAAUGUUGAUCCAAGUAAGCAACCCUCAGUGCGUUCGUGUUGGUUGGUGUGGGCUGCUGGAAGUGAUCGAAGAGGAAGCCGAAAAAACCAGUCCAGUCGGUCUCUCUACUUCCAGCCAGGUAGUUCUAUGGUUUUAUGUCAAGAAAUCAUUCAGGUCAGUUUGAACGGUUUUUGAGGGCGGUGAAACGGUUAUAAUCUUCGCGAAUUAUUACAAGUGCUCUGGCCGUUUUGCUUACCUCACUCGACGAAACAAAUAAUAGAUUGACGGAACAUCGGUGUGGUGACAGAACGAAUAACCUUUUCCAAAACAAAUGGAACCGUGUCGAAAGAGGCUUAUAAAUAGGAUAACAAAGUAACAAACUUAAGGUUUGUGAUCGGCCUAUUUAGAGUAACGUGUAAGAAGUGUACCUACUGGAAUAGUGAUUUCCCAUUUUAGAAUUAACUCGACGAGCCUUAAAGAAAAGUGAUUGGUGUUGACAAAAGAGAAAACCAAUGAAACAGCAAGAUGUCAAACGGGAAGAGAUGAAUGAUCUCGCCAGCGCAGCAAUGAACGUUGCGCUGAAAAUCAUCGACCUUUUUCUUUCAUGCAAACCAAUCGCCGAUGGUUUAAGCUGAUGGUGUUGCUAGUGCUGACUUAAGAUUCGCGAGUGAGCAAUGUGAGUUUUAUUUCAAUGCUUUUUUUUCACCUUAUUGACGACAGAGCAUCGAUCAGUGAUCAGUGGUGUAUUAGGCUAAUAAUUAAGUGGCGGUGAAUAAUCCAUAAAGUGUUUUACCAAGGCAGUAAUACAAGUAGUAUUAGCAGUACACUAAUCAAUGCAUUUGUUUAACAAGAGUUCGGUGUAAAUACAGUUGUUUCCUAAGUUGCGCAAAGUAGUUAUCUCAUGUUUGUUAGGUGAGAGCCCAAUAGAGAAAAAUCUGCGGAAUUGUUUCACCAGUUGUCAACAUUUCGUUACUUGUAGUGGAUAACAGCUUUUCGUGAGAAGUUAAGAAAUAGGUUGAUACCCGGAAGUACUAAAAAGACAAUACUUUUAGUUCGAAUAUGAAGAUGGUCAACUCGAGUGCUAACGGAAUCGACAUCACUUUUGCAACGGGUCAAACAUAGCACCCCUACUGCAGUUUAAAAGUCGGUCAUCAUAUAACAGCCUGAGGUACUGCAACUGCAAACAACGAGCCAUUGGCAGCGAUGGCAUCCAUUACUGAUGCCGAGGUGUCAACCGCAGCUUAUGUGGAUGCUGUUGGAGAUGUUGGUAAUCUGCAUCUUUAUUGCACGAUUCGAGAAAACAAAACGAACGGCAAUUUGAACGGAACUGCUAAUGAUCCGAGCAGCGGAAACAGCAUUUCUUCUUUGGCCGCACGGUGGGAAAGUAUUGGAGGAUCUGCUUCCUUCCGAGUCAGUCAUUUCUGUACGCUCCGAGGGUCCAAACCCGAGAUGGGAAAUGCAAUCGGUGCAGAUGUCACCAACGGUAGUGGUGGGAUUGUGGGGGUUAAUUUUGGUGGCGGAGUGGAUGCCGAAGGUGAAUUAAAUAGAAAUUUGCUGUACGAAGAAAAUAUGUGCACGUUUGAGAAUCUGCGUUUGAGAACCUGUCAGAGAAGCUUAGAGCGCCCGCAUGAAGAGGAGGAACCGGGUUGUGAAAAUAUAGAAAAUUUUUGCACGCUACGGAAAAAGCGACCGCAGAAAUCAGUGGAACAAGUAAAUGGCGGUAACGAAAAAGUGCAAGAGACGUCCCUCGGGGAUCAGGUAGUCAAUCCAAUUGGGAGCUACUGCACGCUUAAAAAGAAAAAGCCAAAGUUUAACAAGAAAUUCGUUGAAAGUUUUCUUGAAGAUCCAAAUGCUAAGUUACAUGAUUAUCUGUCCGAAUUAGAUGCCUACUUGGAUGAGAUUGAUGGGCUUGGUUUGUCUGACCAUUCGGAUGAAAACUCGGAGGAAAUUGUAUCCGAUGAUGAUUGUAAAGUAGUGGAUACAGAAGCCGAAAAAUCGAAACCAGUUGCAGAAGAACGAUGUGCUGCAUCCUCCAGUGCAAUAAAUUACAUCGAUAUCAAGAAUUUCUGCACGCUACCGAAGAAGAAGCGGGUGCAAUUUUUAACUAAUUUCAACAGGGCUGGCCCCUUUCGGCAAACUUUCGUAGCUCCUAGCAGUACUUUUAUCAGACGAAACGUGAUCGUUGAAGCGGAUGAGUCACUGCCAGUCGAUCGUGACUCAGCAGCCGGUGGGAUUGAUUCAACAGUUUUCCGUUCUCGUCGUUCGGUUGAUCCAGAUGAUUCAACAGUUUUCCGUUCUCGUCGUUCGGUUGAUCCAGAUGAUCCCAUUACAAUUUCAACACUCGAACGACGGCCCGCACCACGACGCACUUUUACAUGGCUUCGUAAUUCCAUGCGUAAAACUCGUCCAAUUAUGAUGCCAAUUCAACUGGAACCUGCGAGAAUCGACAUCGAAACGACAAACCAAAACACCUACAAUGCUAGCCCUGUUCUAGACAAAGCGAAUUCUUCUAUAGUGCAGUCAUUUGUCGAUCCCUUUCCCAGUCGCAGUACGGUUUUCGAUCAUCUUGACCUCGAAGACCACGAGUUAAGUUCUAUCACAACACUGUCCUUGUCCGAACUAGCAGAACUACAUGAACCACGAGUCGUUUCCAGCAUAAACAAUCAUGAACAGUUUCAAAACAGUACCGUUACACACUCAACUGACCAAAUAGCAUUAGCCACAAACAGCGAACCAAUUAUCGAUGGUUUACAUCCCUUUCAAACUAUGGACCAAAUGUCUCCCCUAGAUGUAAUCCUUCACAAUACUGCGGAAAUGAAUCGACCCCGUCAAACGGGACGCCGCUCGGAAGACCGGCCACGUGUUGUAUCUAUUACAGCUGAGAGAGAUACCGCGACGAAUCAACUCAUCAUCCGAACCAACAGCGUUCCAACGAACACAUUACACCCCAGCAGCUGCAAUUUAUCAUCUACUUUACAACGUACUGAUGAUGGAAACCUCAUUCAGCAACAUCACAACAAUCACAAUAACCAUCAUCAACGAUAUCGAGAAAUGGGUUCGGAAACCAGUUCACUCGGAUCUUCUAGAAAUCCUAGUCCGGUGUCAUUACUGUCGACGGCGACGUUCAGCUCGAUUGCGUCCGGAGUGGAAACGGAAUGGUCUCGUUCAAGGCCGACUGAAGCGGUACGUGACGUUACCAGUUUGGCAAUUGGAACUGAAUCAAUGCCGGCAACGAGUACUAAUGCAACAGAAACGCAAAACGGAUCUCUCAAUACACCGACGGUGGCAAACAGCCCACUAGAAGAAGAUUCUGAUUCGUCAGGCGAAGAAUCUGAACCGGAAAUGGACCGAAAUGGUCGUCCCAAGCCGAAAUGGCCACAUCUCCUGUCACGCUCGAUGGCCACCAGUUUCUGUGCAUUGGGGCUCUUCAACAUAUCCCGGUUUGCAGUUUUCAGUAUUCAUUUUGGGGCGAAUUUUAUCGUACAGUUCCUAAUAUUUACGUUUUUGUUUGGAAUUCCGAUGUUGUGGUUACAAAUGGUAUUAGGUUCUCGCAUCAAGGGUGGUCCUGUGACAAUGUGGAAAAUAAGUCCCAUAUGCAAAGGCAUCGGAAUUGCCCUCCUAAUAGCACAAGGCUUAGUUUCACUCUAUACUGCAAUUGCACUCAGCUGGGUGCUGGUUUAUUUCCGCGACUCAUUAGUAUCUCGCAGUGAAAAAUAUCGAUGGCAGGAGAUUUUCGAAUUGUACAGAGGACCUGGGAAUCAAUCAUUCCGUCUCUCCGAUACGGUUGCUGAUUAUUUUAACGGAGUUGUGCUGCAACGAUAUCAACUAGGACCAGGGGUCCGAGGUAUCAAUGGCAUCGGUGCCGUUCGUUUUCAGCUAGCCUUUAAUUUGGCUAUCAUCUGGACCUUUGUUUUUGUUGUUCUCUGUAAAGGUAUUCAAUCAUUCGGGAAAAUUGCCAUCGGCAUGUUUAGUGCAGCGAUGAUGGGGCUUAUCGCCAUCUGUUCCAAGUUUCUUUCUAUGGUCAACUUUGAUAGUGUGCAAACCAUUUUUCCAGCCACCGAAUGGCAGGACUUUUUCCUAAACUCCAGAAGUUGGAUGAGUGCGGCACAGGAAACGUUCCUAACAUGGGGUUUACUCGGAGUGUCCGUUUACUCAAUCAGUUGUCGUACGCACAAAGGAACUGGACCAAGAAAAACGAAACGAGAACUCCGAAGAGAUGCAUUGCUUGUUAUAGUUUUCACACUUUCCGGACUUAUGCUCGCAGCCCUUUUCGGAAGUGCAUGCGUACAACUACUUAACAGCAGAGGAUACUACUAUUUUCCAGGAUCUUAUGAAAACAUCGGCACGGAUAUUUUUCUUUUGCCUUCAGACCAACCUCUGCCGCCGCAACACGCAACAAUGCCAACCAAAUGGCUGAUUCGGUACUCGAUGGUACUGGGAGAGAGCUUUAAACGGCCGUAUGCUAACCCGCAUCAGGAAAGUGGAUACCAAGCAAUACGAUUAGUGACAGAGCUGUUCCCAUCGACACUGGCUGCUGCUACACAGGAACGCAUCGCUCCUAUUUGGAGUCUGAUAGGUUUUCUCACCCUGUUACUUUUUGGACUAGGACAGCUCUGUGCCAUGUGGAAGCCGAUUGCUGGAGCAAUCGGUGACUCUCCCUCAUCGAUUGUACUCAGCUGUGUCACAGGAUUAUUUAUGGGCAUUCCUUUGGCAACUGAAAAUGGAAUUACUAUCAUACACUAUCUUGAUAUGGUUCUAGGCGGUGCAUGGUGGAUGCUUCUGCUUUGGAUAGGACACAUUUUGGCGAUUUUUCUAGUCCGUGGAAGACCAUUCACUAGCGAUCUUUUGGUGAGUGAUCUUCGUUUUACUCAAUCUCUGUCAGCUUUCUUUGCUUUCGCGUGGAACUUUUUGCUGCCUAUUGGAAUGAUUUUUCUUUGCAUUCUCGAGUAUCGCGUGUCAAAUGCUAAUGCUUUUUUCAAUUGGAAACAUGGCGGAUAUUGGCCUUUAUGGGCUCGACAAAUCGGAGGAUUUCUACAAGUGGCUUUCUUGUUACUAGUUCCAAUUGUCACGAUCGUACAAAUAUACCGCUACUUGAGCAGAGGUCCGCCUGAUAUACUGGAUCGAUUUGAUCGACUUCUACGACCACCAAUAAGUUCUUAUGACGGAUCGUCAAGCAAUAGUCGAUUGCAGUAUACCAGGCGACCAGCUCCGCCUCUUCCGGUGAGAACGAUCAAUUCCGGAUCCACCGCAAUUUCUCUUGAAUCUCGUCCACCACAGGACGAUGCACCUCCUAAGUAUACACCACCGCCGUCUUACACCACAGCAACAGGGGCUCGAAUUGCCAAGCUGUUGCGAAACAGUAUCCGACGAAGCGUGAGAAGAAUAAUGGGCGAGUCCAGUAGCAACAGGCAGCGCAACACACUGUCCCAUUCUCACCAACAAUCACAGCAGGGCUCAGUGAAUCCACCCGCAGAAGAACUACCGCCACCAGACUACUCGUCAGUUCUUACUGAAUCGGUAAACCAGUUCAUUCAUCCAACUAUGGCCGGUAUUGAAAUAAGUCCGCGUGUUCUGUAUAACAGUGAAACAUUAAGUGGCCGACGACGUCACCGAUCGUUGAACAAUGCGAACACCGGCCAGCAGCAGCAGAAUUUGACGGCAACUGAUGUUCUGCAGAUUCUGCGUCCCGUUACAAUUUCUGUUCCACAUGGUCCCACGGCGCUUAGUAUCAAUCGAACACCAUCUUUCGCGGCGGCUGUGUCCUCUUCCUCAGUCUGCUAUGGUAACAUUGAUUUAGUAGUACAAAAUAAUCUUGUACGUCGACACUCGAUUGGGAGCUCCGUGGAGAAUCUCGUUCUAGGUGCUGCUCCCAUCGGUGACUCUAGCAUCAUUACUCUAGCCGUCGACAAUGAUAACGACCCUUGUGCUGGUCCUGGACAUGCAGGAAAUGAUUCUGUGAUAUAAAUGUAGCACAGUCUAGUUUAUUGCUUGUAUUUCUAAUCUUCUGUAUGUAGGUACUAGAAUACUAGCAACACAAUAGAGUAUGCCUUUUCUGCUUACUUCGCAACCAUACAGAAAAUUUGUGCGAAAAAUACAUAACAGUUCGAAUGAAAUAUAUUUAAAACACAGUUUGGAAAAGCGCAAAGUUAGCGUUUUUUGUAUAGACUAGUUAAGUAAAGUAUGUUGUAGCAACAGUACGAUAAAUUUAUGCUUACGAGAUUCUACUGCUGAAGACCAAGUUUAUUCCGUCCAGGAGUUCGAAAUAAAUAAUAAAAAUAUAAUGAUCCAUCCAACAGUUACAAUGAAAA